AUGCGUUACUUCUUUAUUAGACGUAUAUGUAUAUCAUUUUCUAUAUCAGUAGAAAAAUUAGACUCUGUUUCCGAUUUCGAACCCGAAUCUCAAAUUUCUACACCUCAGCCUAAGAAUAACGAUCUUUCAAAGAAAGUGCACUAUAAUCCUUUUGAUGUCCAAAUCGCGGAAAUAGAUUCUAUGUUAGCAGAAAUAAAUCGACAAGUUACCGAAGAAAUAAUCUUAUAUGAUUCUAAACUACAUGCCGAUUUUAACGCUCGCCUCACUUCAGAACUUAAUACACGUGAUACUAUCUUAAAUGCGGAGGCGCAGAGAAUCUUGUCGUCAAUUAUUUCUUUAACCACAAGACUUGAUAACAUUGAACAAGUUUUUGAACGCUAUAAUAAUCAUUUUAGUAAAAUUUCAACCGAAUUCGAUUCAAUUAAUGAAUCUAUCGCAACAUUCCAUAAUCUACUCAAUCAACGUUAUGCAAUCGUCCAAAGAAUCGAACAAGAUCAGCAAAGUGAAACGAACCUAUCUGAAGCUUCUUUUAAUUCACCCAGUUCCUCUGCUAGUUCUACCGAUUCUCUUAAUUCCUCUGCUAAUUCUUUUGGCUCAAAUCAGCAAUCAUUUUCAAGAAUUUCAUUAACUGUCUGGACACGUUUUAAACAAAUCUUCGAUACGAAUAUGGCCAUGAAAGGUUAUAAUCUUGAUGAAAUGUAUUGUUCCGUAGCUAUGCGCAUUCGUGAACUUGGAGGAAGUAUUAAGCCGAUAACAGUAAAAAAUUUUUAUAAUAGAAGUAGUGGUUGUAGAUCGAAUACCGUAGACCAGAUUGGUUUAUGGAUAGAUAAUAUGGAGUAG